AUGUCAAAGCCACUUGUCUUGGUAACAGGUGCGACAGGGCAUGUUGGCUUCGCCGUGCUGGCACUGCUCCUCAAAAGUGGCUAUCAAGCACGGGUUGCCAGCCGAAAAUUAGCAACUCUUGAGAAACUAAAGGAACUUCCCUCGAUCAAGCCCUACGCUGACUCCGUGUCCUAUAUCGAGGUUGCCGACUUUGUGGCCGAGCAUGCUUUCGAUGAAGCAGUGAAAGGUGUCGACUAUGUGAUUCACCUUGCGUCACCAAUCCCUGAUCCAUCCCAAGCUGGUGGGGCUGUCGAUGUUCGGAAGGAUUAUAUCGAACCAGCUGUGCAAGGUAACCUGGGUCUGCUCAGAGCUGCGGCAGCGUCACCUUCCAUCAAACGCAUUGUCAUCACCUCUUCCGGGGUCAUCUUAAACACCAGUCCAGUAGCACCUUCCUCCACAAUUGGCCCAGAUGAAGCUGCGCCAAUCCUUGAAAUAUCCGAGUACGAGAACUCUGGCAACCCAGGCAUUGCGUAUGUCGAGUCAAAGAAACGAGCAAUAGCAGCAGUCGAUGAGUUCGUGGCUCAAAACAAGCCACACUACGAAAUCGUUCACAUCCUCCCGACAUUGGUGAUUGGGCGCAAUGAAACGGUGUCAAGCGUCAAGGAACUUCGCGAGCGAGUCAGUUCCAACACCCCUCUGGUCAACUACGUCCUUGGCGCAAAGAGCGAACGCCCUGUCCCGGAAACCUGGGUGCUCCUAGACGAUGUAGCAGCCGUUCACGUGAACGCACUGUCGGCCAAGAACGUGAGCAAUGGCGAGCGAUUCCUCGCCACAUUUUUUGAUGACGUCCAAUUCAGCACACUUGAUCCUGUUGUGAAGAAACUCUUCCCAAAAGAAGUUGAGAGUGGUUUGCUGCCCUUGGGAGGGUCUCAAGCUGGGUGGUAUGCACCAUUUGAUGCAUCCAAGACGACAGAGAAAUUGGGUGUCAAAUUCCAUGGCGUGGAGGAUAUGGUGAACAGCCUCAUCGGGCAAUUGGUUGAACUGCAGCAUGCGGAGGCGAAGAAUUAA